CAUGUGGUUGCCGUGACAACGGAGGAGGGAACACUUUAUUGGGAGGUUUUUGAGCUGCUGUUUUUCUCUGGUCUUGGAGGCGAACACUCAGGAAACGUUUCACUGCUGGCCAGCGGCAGUUAGCGGAGUGUCCAGCAGAGGGCGGCCAUGUCGCACAUCAACGCCACCGAGGUGACUUCCUCGCUGUGGCCGCGCUGCCUCAACACAAGCGGUCUUCUUCCGCCGCCUGAGCACAACCACACCGGCGCGCCGUCAUGGUGGACGGCUCCCCGGGGGUCGACUCAGGCCGCGCUCUUCGUCCUCCUGGUGCUCGGCAUGUUCGGCUUCUUCUCCUUAGGCGUCAUGCUCAGCUUCAUCCGCUCCAGGAAGACAGAGAGUUCCCAGGACCCCUACCACCAGUACAUCGCCCGCGACUGGACCCGCGUCAGGACGCCGUGCGCGGCCGCCCAGGCUGCGGCGUCCGUGGUCAUCUGUAACCUAGCAACAGCAGGACAGGAGUGUGCCUGAAUACUACGUCACAAUAAAAGUUUUUUUUUUCCA